AUGCCUCAGGAGGUCGCUGAUAUCAAGAAGUUCAUCGAGAUCUGCCGUCGGAACGACGCUUCGUCCGCGCGGAUCAAGAAGAGCAAGAAGACCAACAACGUCAAGUUCAAGGUCCGAUGCCAGAAGCACCUCUACACCUUGGUGCUUAAGGACAACGACAAGGCCGAGAAGCUUAAGCAGAGCCUUCCCCCCACCCUCCAGCUCACCGACGUCUCCAAGAAGAGCAAGAAGUCUGCUUAA